UCUUCUGGUCAUAGUCAUCAGCAUCCUUCUUAAUAUCAAUCUCUCCUUUCUAUACUCAAUUCACAUUCUCUCCUCUCAAUCUCUUUAUCAUAAGCUCCCUACUCCAUAUUGGAAUCAAACACUAGCCUCUCUCUCUCUCUUGGAAAAUCAAAAUGAAGUUACUCGGGUGGAUGCAUCGUAAGUUCCGGCAGAACGGCGGCGAGCCCAUGAAGGAUUUCGUGAUCGGGCACCCUUGUAAUUGUAUUUCAGGCCGUCCAUCACUCGACGAACAGCACUACCUCCCAAAGACGGCCCACUACGGCCGGCCCAGCCGAUCACAGAAAGACAAUCUCUUCCGUAACUCCUUCGCCGGACUCGACGAGGCCGGCCGCGACGAAGAACACGAAGAUCUGGAAAAUGACGAACUCUUCCACGGCCUACUCGCGAUCGGGACCCUUGGAUCGGACCCGAUCGACCGCAUUUCCGUCGAAACCAUAACUGAAAAGCAGCAGACCGAUGACGUCACGCCAAACGACAUCAAGCUCAUCAACGACGAACUCGAGAAGGAGCUCGCCAAGGACGAAACUGCAUGUGACGUGUCAUCAGCCAGAAACAGCCACGUAAGCGCCAUCAUGGCUGUGAAUGGGAAGCAAAUGGACGUUGCGGGGGACACCGCUAUUGGACCGGUUUGCCCUCUGCAGGACUACCUGUUCGGAUCGCCGAUCGAGCUGCCGGAGACUACUGUAGUGGCGGCGAAGAAAGAACACCGUACUUCGCUUGGAGAGCUUUUCAUGAGGAGUCGAAUGGCUGAAGAAAAUGGCGGGAAAGGUGUUUCUGGAAAAUGCGAUGAGAAAAGAGACGGUGGAGAUAAGUCCGGGGUCCACCGUGUGAAGAAGAUGCUAAAGCGACGAACGACGAUGCCCGGAGCUACUUCUAGGAACUCGGCCGGUGCCGGAAUGGCGCCCGAUACCGUUACGGCCGAGACGAAGCUGCAUAAGAUCCUGCAUAUCUUCCAUAGGAAAGUUCAUCCUGAAAGCUCUGCUGCUACAAAGAAAUGUUCCAAGUCUGAAGGCUACGCGAUGAAGGACGACAUCCGUUACGACGGUGGAGGCGAUGACGGCGGAAACAAGCAGCUCCCUGACUACGACACUAUAGUAAUUCCUCAAAGAGUCAUUGGAAAAGAUGGCGUCCGUCGCCGCAACAGCCAUUCCAAUCCAUCCGCUCUCGCACUUAGCGACUCUAAUGGGAACAGAGAAUAUUGGAUCAAAACCGAUGCAGAAUAUCUUGUGUUGGAGCUAUAAAGAUAGACAGAAAACUGCAUGUGUAUGUCCAUCGAUUGGCUUCCCUAGCAAGUAAGCAGUGUGUUAGAUGAAAAUCUUUCUUCAGUGUUUGUGCGUGUAGUGUGUAAGGAAUGCUAAGUGUACUCGUUCGUGGCAGACGGAUGAGGGUGUGCGGCACAUGUGCCAACACAGCAUGCAUGUGCUUCACCUGAGCCGUUCAUCAGACAUGGCACACUAUGAGCAUGCCCACUCAUCCACACUGGAUACGAACCACUGGUCAUCUCAUAGCACUCCACUUUUCUUGCACAAGUGUGGCCCACAUGAUGUUUGGGCCCACAUGCUCAUGGUGCACCCUACCUAAUGAGCGCCCAGGGUCUCACAAGCGUGAUAUGCAGGCGAGUUUGCCACAGCCCCCCAUCCGUCUCACAUGAGCGAGUAGACUUUAGCAUGAUGUUCUUGACAGAGCAAUAAAGGGAUUGUAGAGAACCCUACAUAUAUGAAUCUUUCUCAUGUAAUGAACUUGUUAUCAAAUUGAUAUGAAUUUUCAUGCAA